AUGCAUUACGAAAAGGCUGGCGACCAGUUUGUUGGCCGCGUAGUUGCAGGCCUCACGCUCAACAGCGCCGACUUUGCCGUGCAGCCUCCCCACUUUGCCACCACAGACAAUCCUGUUGUCACAAGCGCACUCCGUUGCAUGUUUCCUGGUCUGUCGAAGAGCGUGUCACUCUUCGGGGUUCUGAAGCUCGGUUUGGCAUCCAUCGUUCACCGUGCCGACUUCCUCCGUACGACCCUUCCGUCCAGCCACCCAGUCCUCCACACGGCGAUCUUUCGAGACUACUUCAUGAUGUCAAACCGCAAGGCACUUGUCCGCACCACGUCAACGGCGAUGAAGCCAACUGGCCUGCCCCCGUACGUUGAGAUUUACCGCCACCUGCAAGCCCAACAAGAAUCAUUGGAAGCCGUCGCUAGCGAAGUGCUGUCGGGAGUCCAGAAGAUUCUGGACGAAAAGCAUGAAAUCUGA